AUGGACAAUGGAUCCGAGGUCUUUGCGAAACUCCCUAACCCCAACGCGGGGCCUCCACACUUCACUAUCGCGUCUGAGGUGGCUACACGCGAGCUGCUUCGCGAUGUGUUCAAUGUCCCCGUUCCCCAAAUACUCGCAUGGUCUUGCGACGCUGCAAACAACCUGGUGGGGGCCGAGUACAUCAUCGAGGAGAAGGCACCCGGUGUACUGCUUGGCUCCGUUUGGAAGCAAUGGCCUCGAGAGCUAAAGCUCCAGCUCAUUGCUCAGGUGGUCGAGGUCGAGAACGCCUUGACUACCAUCACCUUCAAUAGGCAUGGCUGCAUUUAUUUCAAAGAUGACCUUCUUUCAUUGAUCGGGGAAGCAAAAGAAAUCCAUACCAGUCAAGUAGCACCCGGGGCCCUUGAAAGAUAUUCAAUUGGGCCAUUGACCUCGAACGAACUGUGGAGCGGAGCCAGGAGAGAUAUGGUAUUGGAGCGGGGGCCUUGGAAAGAUCCACGUGAAUACGUUGAGGCAUUGGGACGCAAUGAAAUGGCGUGGAUCAAAUCACAUGCGGUUCCUCGAAUGAAUCAUUACCGGUCCAGUCAAAUCAAGGAGCUCCCCGAGGAUGGUCUCGCACUUUUCAAGAAGUAUAUUGACGUGGCCCCCUAUCUUGUUCCCCCUUCAACCGACGAAUCAGGAUCUGCCAAUGUUCUAUGGCAUCCUGAUCUCCACCUGGACAAUAUUUUCGUAGAUCCAGACACCCAUCAAAUUACCCGCAUUGUGGACUGGCAAUCAGCAUGUGUCGCGCCUCUGUUCUACCAGUCUGGUGUUCCAAGACUGUGCAGGCAUCCUGGUCAUGUCCGGGAGGGUUGGGUUGUCCCUAAAAGACCAGAAAAUUUCGAAAGUCUGAGCGAAAGCGAACAGAAACGAAUCGAUGACGAUUUGGAGAGCGAGACCCUCCACAAAUACUAUGAAGCUCAGGUGUGUAAGCGCGCACCUCGGCACUGGGCAGUCCUUCAACAAAAGACAGUUCCUAUCAUCCGGAAACCUAUCUGGCUCGCAACCGGAGUAUGGGAAAAUCGCGAUCUCUUUUUUCUCCGCGAAUCGCUUAUGGAACUUGUGGCGGAUUGGGACGAGCUUUUUCCGGGUGUCCCUUGUCCAAUCAGGUUCAGCAACGAGGACGUCAUAUUACAGGCGAAGGAACAAGAAAAUGUCAAUGGCGUCGGGCACAUGUUGACAUUGUUUCGGGACCAAGCAGUCCUCCCAGUGGAUGGCAUGGUUGACCCCAAAGACUUUGAUAUCGCCCGCGAGAACUGCCGCAAGUUCAAGGAUAUUUUUAUUGGACUGGGGAAGAAUGAUGAAGAGAGAGAGUUGUUCCGGAAUUUAUGGCCUUUUCAAGAGUCCGAGGCGGAGAUUUUAGCGGACCGUGAAGGUUAA